AUGACUUCGGCAACUUCACCGAUCAUUUUAAAAUGGGACCCCAAAAGUUUGGAAAUCCGGACCCUAACAGUGGAGAGGCUUUUGGAACCGCUUGUUACACAGGUGACAACACUUGUCAACACAAGCAACAAAGGCCCAUCCGGUAAAAAGAAAGGAAGGUCAAAGAAAGCCCAUGUACUGGCUGCAUCUGUAGAGCAAGCCACUCAGAACUUUCUGGAAAAAGGUGAACAGAUUGCUAAGGAAAGUCAAGAUCUCAAAGAAGAACUGGUUGCUGCUGUUGAGGAUGUACGCAAACAAGGUGAGACCAUGCGCAUCGCUUCUUCGGAGUUUGCGGAUGACCCCUGCUCGUCGGUGAAGCGCGGCACCAUGGUGCGGGCGGCACGGGCUCUGCUAUCUGCUGUGACCCGCUUGCUCAUCCUGGCAGACAUGGCGGACGUCAUGAGGCUUUUGUCUCAUCUGAAAAUUGUGGAGGAGGCCUUGGAAGCUGUCAAAAAUGCUACAAAUGAGCAAGACCUUGCAAAUCGCUUUAAAGAAUUUGGAAAAGAGAUGGUGAAACUUAACUAUGUAGCUGCGAGAAGACAACAGGAGCUGAAGGACCCUCACUGUCGAGAUGAGAUGGCAGCCGCUCGAGGAGCUCUGAAGAAGAAUGCCACAAUGCUGUACACGGCCUCCCAAGCUUUUCUCCGCCACCCAGACGUUGCUGCCACCAGAGCCAACCGAGAUUACGUGUUCAAACAAGUCCAGGAGGCCAUUGCCGGCAUCUCCAAUGCUGCUCAAGCUACCUCUCCCACCGAUGAAGCCAAAGGCCACACGGGCAUUGGGGAGCUGGCUGCGGCUCUGAACGAGUUUGAUAACAAGAUUAUCCUGGACCCCAUGACGUUCAGCGAGGCCCGGUUCCGCCCGUCCCUGGAGGAGCGCCUGGAGAGCAUCAUUAGCGGCGCAGCGCUCAUGGCCGACUCUUCGUGCACCCGCGACGACCGGCGCGAGCGGAUCGUAGCCGAGUGCAACGCGGUGCGCCAAGCGCUCCAGGACCUGCUCAGCGAGUACAUGAACAACACUGGAAGAAAAGAAAAAGGAGAUCCUCUAAACAUUGCAAUUGAUAAGAUGACCAAGAAAACAAGAGAUCUAAGGAGACAGCUUCGGAAAGCAGUGAUGGAUCACAUAUCAGAUUCUUUCUUGGAAACCAACGUUCCUUUGCUAGUUCUCAUUGAGGCUGCAAAAAGUGGGAAUGAGAAGGAAGUGAAGGAAUAUGCCCAGGUUUUCCGUGAGCACGCCAACAAGCUGGUGGAGGUUGCCAAUUUGGCCUGUUCCAUCUCCAACAAUGAAGAAGGGGUGAAAUUAGUUCGGAUGGCAGCCACUCAGAUUGACAGCCUGUGUCCUCAGGUCAUCAAUGCUGCUCUCACAUUGGCUGCCCGGCCACAGAGCAAAGUUGCUCAAGACAACAUGGACGUCUUCAAGGACCAGUGGGAAAAACAAGUUCGAGUGCUGACAGAGGCUGUGGAUGACAUCACCUCGGUGGAUGACUUCCUUUCCGUCUCAGAAAACCAUAUCUUGGAGGAUGUGAACAAAUGUGUGAUCGCCCUUCAGGAAGGGGAUGUGGACACUCUGGACCGGACUGCAGGGGCCAUCAGGGGCCGGGCUGCUCGAGUUAUACACAUCAUCAAUGCUGAGAUGGAGAACUACGAAGCUGGUGUUUAUACUGAGAAGGUGCUGGAAGCUACAAAACUGCUAUCUGAGACAGUGAUGCCACGCUUUGCUGAACAAGUGGAGGUUGCCAUUGAAGCCCUGAGUGCCAACGUCCCUCAGCCAUUUGAGGAGAAUGAGUUCAUCGAUGCCUCUCGCCUGGUGUAUGACGGCGUCCGGGACAUCAGAAAGGCUGUGCUGAUGAUCAGGACCCCAGAAGAAUUAGAAGAUGAUUCAGACUUUGAGCAGGAAGAUUACGAUGUGCGUAGCCGGACAAGUGUUCAGACUGAGGAUGACCAGCUCAUUGCAGGACAGAGUGCACGGGCCAUCAUGGCACAACUACCGCAAGAGGAGAAGGCAAAAAUAGCUGAACAGGUGGAGAUAUUCCAUCAAGAGAAAAGCAAGCUGGAUGCUGAAGUGGCCAAAUGGGAUGACAGCGGCAAUGAUAUCAUUGUGCUGGCCAAACAGAUGUGUAUGAUCAUGAUGGAGAUGACAGACUUCACAAGAGGCAAAGGCCCGUUGAAAAAUACAUCUGAUGUCAUUAAUGCCGCCAAGAAAAUUGCCGAAGCAGGUUCUCGAAUGGACAAAUUAGCCCGUGCUGUGGCUGAUCAGUGUCCUGAUUCAGCAUGUAAGCAGGAUUUAUUAGCCUACCUUCAACGAAUUGCCUUGUAUUGCCAUCAGCUUAACAUCUGCAGCAAGGUGAAGGCCGAAGUACAGAAUCUGGGAGGAGAGCUCAUUGUGUCAGGGACAGGAGUUCAGAGCACUUUCACUACCUUUUAUGAGGUAGAUUGUGAUGUCAUAGAUGGGGGCAGGGCUAGUCAACUUUCUACCCACCUCCCAACCUGUGCUGAGGGAGCUCCGAUCGGGAGUGGAAGCAGUGAUUCUUCUAUGGUUUAUUCACAGGAUUCGUGCGUCAGGCUGGGAGAACAAAGGGGUUCUGAAGAAGAAAGAGGCUAUCAUAUUUUUGCAGCAGAAUUAGACACCAUCUAUCUGAAAAUGGAAUCUGUGCUGGACAGUGCCACGUCACUCAUCCAGGCAGCUAAAAACCUGAUGAAUGCUGUUGUCCUUACGGUGAAAGCAUCGUAUGUGGCCUCAACAAAAUACCAGAAGGUCUAUGGGACAGCAGCUGUCAACUCACCUGUCGUGUCCUGGAAGAUGAAGGCACCAGAGAAGAAGCCCCUUGUGAAGAGAGAAAAGCCUGAAGAAUUCCAGACACGAGUGAGACGAGGUUCUCAGAAGAAACACAUUUCGCCUGUACAGGCUUUAAGUGAAUUCAAAGCAAUGGAUUCCUUCUAG